GGCAGAGGCCGCUCCAUGCGAAUUGUUGCCUUUCAACUUUCAACAAUUGAACUGAAUUCUCUCAUUUUUCUCUCUCCCUCUUUCCCAGUACUGACAGCUAAAUUUUCUCUGACAAAUGUUUGUCAUAUGUCAAAAGUGGAAGCAGAGUCAUUUCGAUCUCAGAACGAGUGUGUGCGUUGGUGGUGUCUUGGUUCCGCUUCGAAUAAUUUGCAAGUGAGGUUUUAAUCCUCCACUUAGUGCGUGAAUUCUGCAUUUUGAGCGCGUCCGCUCAAAGUAUCUGCAUACAAACCUGCCCGAAAGAUCUCCAAAGUUCCUCAGAAAAUGCUCAACAGUUCAAGGUUGUUGCCAUCAUUUUCAGUGAAAUUCCUGCGAAAAGAAGUUCGACGCUAUGCGUUUUCCAAACACCCGCGUAAUGGGAUUAUUUUGCACCCUUCAAACUCCGCGCUUUACUCUAAGUUCACGGUUCGGGAUCCUAUUGUGGACAGUGCUCCUUUGACCAGUGAUCGGGCGUACGAGUUGCUGGUCUCCCUGAAUGAUGUCGAACGAACGGCCCUAAGGACUGCUCUGGAGAAAUACGAAUCUCAGAAGAUCAAAGAAGAGUUUGUGGGAGUGCUAGCCAAAACACGAUGGCGAAGUAAGUUCGGACGACCAGCAAAAAUGCCCGCCUUAGGUCAAGUUGAUCCAACUGGAUCAUACUGCGCGGUUCCGGACGAUUGGUUGAAGAAAAAAUUAGUUCAGAUCGCGAAACCACCAAGCAGCUCAGAUCUCCAUAAAUUGUUUUGGAUCAACGCCAUCCCAUUUUUAGGCUUUGGCUUUUUGGAUAAUUUUACUAUGAUAAUUGCUGGCGAUUAUAUAGAAAAUUUAUUUGGUAUGUUUAUGUGCAUAUCCACCAUGGCGGCUGCUGCAUUAGGUAACACCGUGAGCGACAUCCUUGGAAUCGGGUCUGCAUACUACAUUGAAAGAAUGUCCGAAGUAAUGGGGCUGAGGCCACCGAAAUUGACUGAAUAUCAAUUAGAUAUGAAAUCAAGCCGGCGGGCGGCUAAUGCUGGUCGAAUUAUUGGGAUCACUGCUGGUUGUCUAAUCGGCAUGUUCCCAUUAUUAUUUAUGGAUAAGAAGAAAGAUGACGACGAGGAAGACGAACAGGACGAAAAAAGUACAAAAUCCGAAAAAAAUGAAUCAAAACAAGGAACAACUGCUGCUGUCAGAUAAGUCCACAAUUUCUUAUGAUAUACGACGUUGUAUAUAUUUCUACACUGACUUUACGAGUUUUAACUCUUAAACUUAAAUUACGAGAUAAAGUCAAAUCGCGUUUCUUCCUGAAGUAUUCUAAGGACGUAAAGGUAUAUUAGAAAUAUAGAAAUUAUAUUUGAUGUAAAUUAUUUCGAACGAAUAGGGCCAAGGCUGUUCCUUCGUUUGCCAGAUUCUUAUACUCAUUAAGUGAAUUUCAUUGGCUAUGAUUAACUAGCGUAAGGUGCUCUUUUAUUCCUAUUUUCCGUGGAAGUUAUGUUACUUCGAUGUUACCAAACAGAUAAAUGUCAAGUGUCCGAAUACAAAUAGAUAUCAAUAUGGAAACCUGGGGAUCACAAAUAGAGAUACAAAUCAAAAUCAAUAGGUACUUAAAGUAAUAGAAUAGUUCCAACAAACGCCGAGGCGAAUUAUAGCAAUAAUAAAUCGAAAUAGGGAAUAAACAUACGCAAAACUAGUCAGUCACACAAAUUAUUCAAGGCUGAGUGAAUUUAUCUUUUCUUAUUUAUUGUUGAUUAGUUUGUCCGUUUUAGGUUAACUUUGGUAUAGAAUGUAUUUUUGAUGUUACGCUUUUUCGCUAAGAAUUUAACUUGUUCGAGUUUCAAGGAUGAUUUUAAUAAAUUUUAUUUUAUGAUAUAUUUUUCUCUUAUUUGCCAAAAUUAACACAAUUAUUUUGUGAAAUCUUCAACUCUAUGGUGCUUACGAUUGUGUUAGAAUUAGUGUAGAUUUCGACGAUCCGAUUUUGUUUGCAGUUAGCGAACGAUUUUGAUUACAUUUAAGAAACGAGCGCAGGAGUUAGGAAAGCAAUAAAAAGCGCAAUAAAAACCGAAACAUUGAAUUAUGCUUCCAUGUUCGAUUUGAAGCAAAAUUGGUCACCGAUAAGAUCGGCAGAAAAAAAAUUGAUAUCUUUAGAUAAAUCGAACAACAUGCAUUUAACAAUUUUAGGGCAUUUAAAAUUAUUCAUUACUCAAUGAAAUUAAGUCUUCAUAUAUCUAGUAAAUAGCGAUCAAAGUCAGCAUAUUUUUCGAUAGUAUAUUUGGUGGCUAUAAAAAAAUCGUAUGCGUUCUUCCAUAGCGAAACAAGUAGUAUGUCACCUAUACCUGUCUUAGUGAUAAUCUAACUUCAUGACUAGAUCUUAUGCCUAGAAAUAGAUUUGGAGCAAGCAUUAAAGCAUUCCACAACCGAAAUCUGAGCUUAGAAAUUUAUUGUGUAGCUAAUACUGAAAAAAGUCAAUACAAUUCCAGCCAGUGUGCUGCUAAAGUCAAUCUAUUGGAUGUAAAUGUAACUUAUAAAUGUUGUUUGGUGUUAGCCCAAUAGAUGGUAAAUUUGUAGUAUAUAUUGUAGCAAUAAAUGUCCAAAUUAAAAGCUUUAACAUUUCAGUGGAGUCCAUGUACAAUUAAAACUCUUAGAUAUGUGAAAAUUUCAAAUGUCUGUAGGGAAGAAAAUACUUUCAAUGUUGUGUAAGUUAGUGAAUUAACGAAUUAGGUGAUAAAAGAAAUUGUGAGAAAAAAAAAAUCAAAAAUAAUUACACUUGAAUUCCGCCCUCAA